AUGAGGGUGUGGGUCUUUAUCAGGUUAACCCCCUGCUCAUCCAAAAACUAACUGGAAAUAGAGCAAGCAGCUCGACUGGCUCCAUAAGAGAUUAAAUGGUGGGAAUCUGUGAGAAAAUGAGCUCCUGCCUUAGAAAUAGGAGCCUCACAGCCAGUCCCAGCUACACCCUGGGCUGGGAAGGCAAGAAAACUAUCAUGAAGUGUCUUCAUUAGGCUUCAGUCUCCCCAUCUGUCUUUGUCUUGAUUGGGGGGUGGGGGGGUCCAGGUUUAACAUACUUGGAUUUGGUGGUCAUGGGUAGCUUCCUGGGAGAAGGAUUGUCUACCACUGACCAAGGGUGGGGAAUUGUGGGAUAAUUUUAGGGUUUUAUUUCUCCCACAUAAUGAGAAUUGCUUCGGCAACUCAAAGGAGUCUGGGCUGAGGUUUCCUGGGCUUUUCUUCAUGGCGACCCUGUGACCCCAAGAUGACCACCAGAGCCCCACCCAAUCAAGAAGAGGAGAAUGGGAAAGGGGAAGGGUCAGCUCAGUCAUCCUCUUUGAAGGAGCAUUGUGGUUGCCCCCAGCCCACAACUCCUGCUUACAUUUCAUCGGUCAGAAUUGUGUCACGAGUGCCAUAGCUGCAAGGGAGUCUAAGAAAUGUAGCUUGGAACACAUCCACCUCAAAUCAGGUUCUUUCUGCCUUUACAAAAUAACCCCUCCUCUGCAACUCUCUCCCUCCAGGACCGGACGCAACUCUCUCCCAUGCUACCAAAAAGCCCACUUGAGGCAGCACAAGCUCCAGGGCCUCAGGCCCUCACAAAACAUUUGGCAAAGUCUGGACAUUCAGGUCAAAAAUCUGACACACCCCCCACGCAGUAAAAACACGAAAUCACGUCCCAGAUGGGGAUAAGGGUCUGCUGUCCACAUCUCUUCCUUGAGCUGCCCACUUGGGGCCAUGGCGCUGCCAACAAAGCCUAGCAUGAUUGAUCUGGGCCUGGGCACCUGGAGCCCUAGCUCCCAGGAGCAGAGCCACAGGGCUCGGGCACCCUCCAGGGGUGUUGGCAAGCAGCUGCCUGAGUACAAGGCUGUGGUAGUGGGCGCAAGUGGCGUGGGAAAGAGCGCGCUGACCAUCCAGCUGAACCACCAGUGCUUCGUGGAAGACCACGACCCCACCAUCCAGGAUUCCUACUGGAAGGAGAUGGCCCUGGACCACGGAGGCUGCAUUCUGAAUGUGCUGGACACGGCAGGGCAGGCCACUCAUCGGGCCCUGCGUGACCAGUGUGUGGCGAUUGGGGAUGGUGUGCUCGGUGUCUUCGCCCUCGAUGACCCUUCAUCUCUAGCCCAGCUGCAGCAGAUGCGGGCCACCUGGGGCCCGCACCACACCCAGCCCCUCGUCCUUGUGGGCAACAAGUGUGACCUUGUGACCACCACCGGAGAUGCUCGUGCUGCUGCUGCAGCCCUCGCAAAGAGCUGGGGGGCCCCUUUUGUGGAGACCUCAGCCAAGACACGCCAAGGUGUGGAGGAGGCCUUUUCCCUGCUCAUCCAUGAGAUCCAAAGAGUCCGGGAGGCCAUGGCAAAGGAGGCCAUGGCAGGGCCAGGUGGGGAUAAAGGCCGGCACCAGAAGGCCAUGUGCCGCUGUGGCUGCUCCGUGGCCUGAAGUUCUUGGUCUAGAAAAGUGGACCCUCCCCCAGACCAGGGUGGUGGUUCCUUCACUUGAGACCCGCCCGCCUGCCCCCCCUCUCCCCGACCCCAGCAACUAGCUGUGUGGGACACUGUUGGUGUACUGGGGAUAGAUGGACCCUUCUCCUGGGGAGGUUUU